UUCAGCAAGCUGAAAUCGGAAGUUCCUUCAAGCUUUCAAAGCACUGCGACUGGAGUCGAGAGCGCACAUCUCACUCAAAAUGAUCAGCAAAAUAAUCGGUCCUAAGUAUAUAGCUGUUGCCAAGUCAUGGGUCCCGACUUUGGCUGUAUGGGGCACAGUUGGAGGUGUAGCUCUGGUCCACUUCACAGAUUGGCGAUUGUUUCUGGAUUAUGUUCCUUACAUCAGUGGAAAAUUCAAGAAAGAUGAGUAAUGGCACUCAGGAUGGUGUUGCAUUUUAUACAAAGACUUAAAUAAUGGACCAGAGCUGCUGCAGCCAGUACACCUCGCACUGUUGUCCAUCUGCGUGCCAACCUGCAGCACAGUCAACACUGAACUAUUCAACAUCAACCUUCAAAUGAAAUGUACCACCCUCUGGCAUUCCUGCUUUCCUCUACCACUGACAACAUGAAUGGAAGGAAAGUGAAAGCAGAGAUGAUAAAUUGACUUUCCUUUCCCACCCAGUGUGGAGUUGGGUAUUUAUUUCAAUGACGUUUGUCACGGAUCAAAAUAAAAAUCUGUCAUUCUGUAAUUGUUUUGAAGAGAAAUAAAGUAUGUGAGAUUUA